AUGCAUUUUCCCUUGUGUGCAUAUAUAUUUAGUUUUUUCUCUCUCCUUCUCUCUGUAGAUGUACGUUUCUGUUCAUAUUUUUUAUUUAUUUAUUUUUGCGUUUGGUGUUUUCCUUCCACCAUUGUGGCGAAUUCCUUACUUGAUGUGACAAAUAACAUCACCGGCAGAAGCCCAAUUACCACCGGAGCGAGGAGCCUCCGGAGUUUUUGGAUGGGGCAACACAAUUCAGCGGAAAACGCAGCGACUGGCGUGCGGGCGGCAACAAGUGUUAAUGACGAUGGCGUUAUUCUCGUGAAAGCGGAGAACACGAAGGAGCGUCCGGUGCCUCCGUAUGAGCUGCGAGCACAGGAGCUCUACGAAUCGUCUGUCCGGCGCAUUCAGAUCGUACCUCCGCUCCUGCGAACAUCGGCAGGCUUGUCGCCCUUAUCUUCCGCCGCGGAACCAACAGGGUUAAAUAAACUUUAUCAAAGAAUGAGCUCGAUUUUCUUCUCACAGGCGGUUUUGAUGGAGCAGGAGGCACUCCAACAGCAAAGGCAACAGAAGGCGAUCGACACAAGUCAAGAAGACCAAUCAGCGGCAAAGGAUGAAAGCAACUGCCCAAUUGCUCAAGGACUGCGGGAAUUUGCUUUUUGCCGGCGUGCCUUUGAAACAAAUGCCGCGCAACAAGCGAAUGAGGAUUCGCGUGCGAUCGACGCUGCUCUUGUUGGAGUGAACUUGACGCUCGAGGGUGUGAAGGGUGCGGCUGUUGAACAGAGCCUCAUUGCUGAACUGUAUAAUUUUGUUGAGCAAGAGUCGCACGCCUUACUGGAGAAAGUGACGUUGGCUGUAAAUUUGCUCCAGAAUGACGUUGUGGUCCUGUUGGGGGACACGUGGUCGCUUCUGACUGACGCGGAGCGGACUGGUGUUUAG